CAGGGGCCGUAAUCGAAGAAGAUCUGUCUCGUUGAACUUCAAAUGCGGUCACUGGGAAUUCUCGCGUCAAUCCUCGCUCUUGCCGUGGGAUUCGGAGGAGCAAAAGUGGUGGAAAGCGAACAUGCACUUCGUUCAGGAAGAGACGCAGAGCAACGCGGGAUGCCAAGCAAUUGUCCGACGGGAUCUGCUGUUCUCCAGGUGCAGAGCCAAUCGGACAUCUUUCUUGGCAACUCGAGUAUGGGAGGCUUUGAACUAUUAAGAUACGUCUGUGGCUGGACUAAGGCACCGGUCGAAGCACCGUCCGGUUGGGUCAUGGGCAAUGGACCGAAUGGCCAGAGAGUUAAUGUGACGAUAUACAAGAACGAGUACCGCACUUUCCCUGUGUGUUGUCCUGGCUACGUGAGGAACGAGGAAGACAUCUGUGUUCCGAAAUGCAAAGGAGAAUGUGUCAAUGGACUGUGCACGAGCCCCGGCAAGUGCCAGUGCUUCGACGGAUUCACCCUCAACGACCUGGGCAACUGCGUGGUCACGUGUCCCUGCGGGUGUCCGUACGGGGAGUGCUCAGGAAAUAGAUGCACAUGCAACCCUGGAUACGCGCUAGACAGCAGCGGCAAAGUAUGCAACCCGGUGUGCGAGAAGGCUUGCGAGCGUGGGGACUGCGUUUCCCCCAACAACUGCAGUUGCUAUCACGGCUACAAAAAGCACCCGCAGCGCAGCCAUGUUUGCGUGCCCCACUGCGACGAUCCCUGCGAAAACGGGACUUGCACCGCCCCGGACAUCUGCUCCUGCGACUCAGGAUAUUACAAAUCGCAGUUCAAAUGCCUGCCAUACUGCACAAGUUGCCAAAAUGGCAGGUGUGUAAAGCCCUACACAUGCGUCUGCCACAACGGGUACGGAGCAGAACAAGGCAAGUGCGAACCAGUCUGCGACAGUCUGUGCGUGAAUGCGAAGUGCACGGCCCCGAACACGUGUACCUGCCACAGAGGGUAUGUGCACUCGACCGCCCACAUGUGCGUGCCCCGCUGCUUCCCGAGUUGCAUUAACGCUGAGUGCGUCACGCCUAACGUCUGCCAAUGCAACCCGGGAUACAUCAAGAAGAAACCACACAAAUGUGUCUUUGAUGUCAUUGGUGGUAAUCUUGGACGAUACGCAAAUGAGUUCAAUUGGCAUAGCGAUCGGGCAGUUCAGGGCCUUUGGAGGAAUAAAACAAGUCCCACAAAAUUUAUAUCAAUGGAAAAGUACCCUAAAUUCAGUUAUUUUGACAAAAAGGACCACAAGAAAGCGUCGGGUUAAGUUAGCAAAAUUAUUUUCAGAGCUACUUAGUUAUUCAUUUUCCUUAUCAAUUCAAGUUUCAAGGUAAUGGAGCUCAGAAAUUUUCUGAAUUAGUACGAGGUUUAAUGUGACAUUAGAGAAAUAGUUUGAACAUUCUUCGAAUAAACUGGUUAUUACUUCAAAAAGAACAAUUUGUGUUGAGAUAAUCUUGUGAAAAAUCCGACUGAGAACUACACAGAACAAUUCUUUUGUUUAAGGUAAGUAUUUAAAGGCGUUUGUCACGUCAUUGUAAAUUAAUCCUGUCGAUCAAACAGCGUACUGAUUUACCUGCUGUUCCGUUUAGCAAACUCGACUAAUUCCGUCAGCAUCAUGGUUCUUUGACAGACUAUAUACAUACAUUCAAUUGUCAUUACAUGAAAUGAAACAGUGGAUAUAAUAAACAGAAUUAAAAGGAACUCUGA